GAGGGUAGGCCACUUAAGGAUGAGCAGCUUCUAGAAACGUUGGAAAUCAAGAAUUCUAAGUUAUACUUCAAGGACUUAGGACCACAGAUAGGAUGGAAAACGGUUUUUCUUAUUGAGUACGCUGGUCCAUUCUUUCUUUAUCCAAUCUUCUACCUACGACCAGGGCUUAUCUACGGUGAAGGUGCUGCUUCUAAGCCAUAUGAUCUUGCUGUACAAUUAGCAUUGAUCGGUUGGACCAUACAUUACGGGAAACGUCUCUUGGAAACGUUAUUUAUUCAUCGAUUCUCUCACGCUACAAUGCCUAUUGGUAAUCUUGCAAAGAACUGCAGUUACUACUGGGGUUUUGCAGCUUUUAUAGCGUAUUUCGUCAAUCAUCCUCUUUAUACCUCGCCAAAGUAUGGAACCAAUCAGAUCUAUGGUGCAUUUGCAGGAUUUUUGCUUAUGGAAUAUGGAAAUCUGGUGAUACACUGCCUGUUAAGAGAUCUUCGGCCACCAGGUACGAAAGAACGCAAAAUUCCUUAUUCAAAUAGUAAUCCUAUGUCCAUUCUUCAGAAUUUUGUCUCAUGUCCAAAUUAUACUUAUGAGGUCGGAACAUGGUUUUUCUUCUCUGUCAUGACGCAAUGCUUAGCCGUUGUCAUCUUUAUGUUUCUUGGCUUGUACCAAAUGACGGUAUGGGCUAUUGGAAAACACCGCAAUUAUAAAAGAGAAUUUAAAAAUUAUCCAAGAAGAAAGGCUAUCCUUCCAUUUAUUAUAUAA